UGAAAUGUUAGUGAUUGGUGUGUUUGUGUGUUUGAUAUUUAUAAUAAUUUUGUGUUGUUUUAAUUAUUUUUUGAGUGUUCUGUUAGUUUAUGUUUUUAAAUGUAAUAAUUAUGCAUCGACUCGACUCACAGUUCAAAAUAACCAACAAAAAUUGUGUUAUUUGGCAUUGACAGAAUGAGACAAGGACGCGGAGGUCAACGUAAAACAAAAUGCCUUAGCCGCCGAGUAGCGCCACCCAUCACGCUGCCCGCCACACUGGAGGACCCCGCUGCCUCCUGGAAGGGACCGCCGCCCGGCUCGGAGCCCCAAAACUUUGCGGCUAGUGCCGCCAAUUCUUUUUCCGGGCCGGCGGCGGGCUUCCAGGGGCCGUCACCAUUUCAAGGCCCGACGGCUGGUGCUGGAUCACCAGCAGGUGCACCACCCUAUCAGGGGGGGCCUCCUCCAGGUUCAAAUACUCCGCAAUAUAAUGCGUCACCCGCACCAUCCGGCUCAUCAACACCGGGUCCUGGACCUGGUCCACAAAGUGUUGGUAAUGCCGGUUUUCCGCCACCACCUAAUUCAGCUGGCCCACCAUACAAUGGUCCUGGAUCAGGACCGUUUGGAUCACCUUCAGCCGGUGGACCACCAUUUGGUAGACCCGGUUCUUCAGGACCACCAUUUGUUAGUGGGCCAGGGCCCGGAGGCGGUAAUCCACAUUUUGCGUCUCCGGGCCAACCUUUUGGUGGGCCACAAUUUGGCAUGCCACCUGGAUCACCGUUUGGUCAUGGACCUGGACAUCCGAUGGGAGGACCAUUAGGUCCUGGACAUGGUAUGAUGACUGGUCCGAAUCCUGUAGAUAGAAUGGAUCAAGGGUCCUUACCUGUACCGAGGAGACAUACGCCGUAUUUUGGACAACCUGACUAUCGAAUAUAUGAGCUCAAUAAAAGACUGCAACAAAGAACAGAGGAGAGCGAUAAUCUCUGGUGGGAUGCCUUUGCUACGGAGUUUUUUGAAGAUGAUGCAUCUUUAACAUUAACAUUUUGUUUAGAAGAUGGGCCUAAGAGAUAUACAAUAGGAAGGACGUUAAUACCCCGAUAUUUCCGAAGUAUCUUCGAAGGUGGUGUAACGGAAUUAUAUUACAAUAUGAAGCAUCCUAAAGAGUCAUUCCACAAUACAAGCAUAACUCUAGACUGUGAUCAAUGUACUAUGGUCACGCAUCACGGGAAACCUAUGUUCACCAAGGUAUGCCUUCAACAAAUCAUUAUCCAAGAAAGUUUAUUGAUCAUAAUUAAUUUGUGUUUUCGAAUGUUUCAGGUGUGCACCGAGGGUAGAUUAAUAUUAGAAUUUACUUUCGAUGAUUUAAUGCGAAUAAAAUCAUGGCAUUUUGCUGUUCGUACUCAUAGAGAAUUAAUACCACGAUCCGUUGUGGGUAUGCACUCGCAACAAGAUCCAGGAAUGAUUGAACAAUUGUCCAAAAAUAUAACACGACAAGGCAUCACGAAUUCUACCCUUAACUACCUCAGAUUAUGUGUAAUAUUAGAACCGAUGCAAGAGUUGAUGUCUAGGCAUAAAGCGUAUGCUUUAAGUCCACGGGAUUGUUUAAAAACAACAUUAUUCCAAAAAUGGCAGAGAAUGGUGGCCCCGCCGGAAUCACAACGUCCAGCAAAUAAACGACGAAAAAGGAAAGGCUCAAAUUCAGGAGGUGCUGCAAACAAUGCACCACCAGCUCCUAAUAAGAAAAGAUCACCUGGACCCAAUUUUUCGUUAGCUUCACAGGAUGUUAUGGUAGUUGGAGAACCAUCACUAAUGGGCGGUGAAUUUGGUGACGAAGAUGAACGUUUAAUUACAAGGUUAGAAAAUACACAAUAUGAUGCAGCGAAUUCCUUAGAGCAUGAUAAUCAUGGAUUUCAUGCGGAUUCACCAAUGACCGGACCAAAUUCAUGGGGUGGUCCAGUCAGUGAUAGAGGGCCAGGCGGGGGACCACCUCAAGGUAACACACCUUCGAGUCAAGACUCUGAGAAAAAGUCACCCGCAGUGAGCCAGUGAUGAUUGUGAACUUAAUAAAUAAAAUUUUAAUAAAAAUAUUAAUAAAAGAAUAAAAAAAAUCGAACAAAAAAAAAUAAAAGGUGUUUAUAUUUGAAUCUCUCCGUCGUCAAUCGAAAAGUCAGUAUUUUGUCAACUAUACAGUUAUAUAUAUAUAUUAGUGUUGGAGGUGACAUAAAACUCAUUGUGUGAUUUAAUGACUUAAAAUGAGUGGACACCUCGUUUUGUAUCUAUAUUAAUUAAUUAAUUAAAAAUUAAGUUAUUUUAAAACAAAUAAACAAUUAUGAUAAACAUGUUGUUUGUGUAAGUAAGAGGGGUAAAUGAUCUUAAAUAACAAACAGUGUUUUUAUUAAAAUUAAUCACAUACUACAAAAAAUAUUCACAAAAUUCAAUAAAAAUUAUCAAUUUUUAAAGAAACAAAUGAAUCAGUUUAUAUAUCGUUGUUUAACCGGAAAAAGAAGCGUUUGUACGAUAAUUUUUUAUUCAAAUUUUCUACGAGAGACAACAAUGAUGAAACGAAGUUGAUAUUUUGCAUACGAUUAAUCAAUUUCUUUGAAAUUAAAUUUUCGGAUAACCAAAAAUGGUGGAGAUUCGGAUGUAUUAACAAAUUCACAUCGUUCUAAAAUACAAGAUGGUGUAAAAGCGACGCACAUAUUGAAAAUCGGAAUAACUUUGACACAUACUUAAAAACCUGUGGAGGGUUUUGUUUCAUUCUUUACGACCUCAUUCCAUCCAAAUGACUGGAUGAAUUUUAUUUAUUGGUGUUUCGAUUGAUUUCUUUUCAAAUCAAAUACCAUAGAAGAAACCGACGUCAAAAACGAACAUGUAUAUUUGUUUAUACCGUCUCAUAUUCAACGGUACUAGGCCUAGCAACAGAAAUUUAACGAUUCCCCAAAAAUUAAAAUAAAAUUACCUGUUCCAAUUUUAAAUAAGUCCAUUAAUUUUGCUCCUUCUUGUAUUUGAAUAACAAUGGCGUUCAAUUUGAAUUUGUUUAAAUGGUAAAAAAUUGAAAUAAUAAUUUCAUAAUAUUCAAAUUUUUAAUGUACUUAAACCGAAACGGACGUAUAAAUGAAAUUUGCUAUAAAGAAGAGGUUAAAUGGCUAAUCCAUACGCCUUGUAUCAAUUUCGUUUUAGUAUUGUAUAGAAAUGGCGAUCAAAUUAAUUUUCGACCAGAAAACACCAUUCAAAUUAUUAUUUAUCAAAGUAAACUUGAAUAAAAAUUUUGUAAAUAAAAAAUCUGGAGCUGUUUUUUGAAAUAACACCAACAAUUUGAUGU